AGAGGAAGUGGCUAAAUGGUUUUUUUUCUUCCGUACCUGUCAGGGACCGAGCAGAGAGCAUUAUAGCUAUUUACAUACAAACAACGGCUGUCGAGACCAAAGUCGAAGGCUUCAACAACUCCAAGCGGUGCAAAAGUUGAGCCGAGACAUAGAGCCGCCCAUCUGUCGCUCUCGGUUGAGUAUCUAUCUAUCACAUCCUUCUGUCACUACUUGUGCUUUUUCUACUUGAUCUUCUUGUUCGAUAAGCUGCUCAGCAGUGCGAUGUUUAUGUCUAUCUGCUGCCGCCGAUCUUCUUGUAAUGUCUUAGUUUCUUGAACAAAAACAAUAUAAAAUAAUGAGCAAAAAGUCAAUAUUUCAAAUAGAACAAGAAGCGCGGAAUGCGCCCCCACCCCCGCAAGAGAAGCAAGGCUUCGGAGGAGGCAAAGGCAACGCCUGCAAUCCCUCAGUCUUCGGCGACCUGAGCACGCUCGGGGUCGGUGGUGUCCCGUUUCCAGGACAGACACUACCUGCUGAGGAGCCUUACGCAGCUAUCCUAUGUAAAAACGUCCCCACACCAGAGUCAAGAUACGGAAUCGGCUAGACAAAUCCACAAGUUUUGCCUGUUUUGCAUAACAAGGCUCGACUCGUGAUGUAGUGCUGUUUGGGCUACUUCAGCAGGAUCACAGAUCUAGUGCGUCAUGCUGAUUGGAGCAUGACAAAUUCCAAAGCACGACUGGAGAAUGCUUCUCAUGGGGCUUCGCAUAAAGAAACAUUGCCAGCAUGCAGACUUGCAUUAGAGCUAUGGCGUGGGUACGUUUUUAAACACGAUAGCAGCUGGUUUUGCGGGUCGGCGACGCAAAAAGCGAAAUCGCGGAUAUCGGGGCGGACGGGGAGGCGGCUUCUAUGGAGGGCAAAAUCCGAAUUGGGACCAGGCCCAUGGCGACUGGUGGCAGGGUUACUACGACUACGAGAAUGAUGACUAUGACGGAUUCGAAGACUACAACUACUACCAAAGUCACACACACGCCGCGCCUUUCCAGCCGUCGACUUCUGUCGCUGGAGGAAAACCAGGAGUAGGCUGGGCCAAGGGCGGACUGCCGCCUUCAGCUGCGCUCAAAGGCGUGGCUGUGGCCUCGCUACCCUUUCCCCCCGCUCCCCUUGCAGCUCCACCACGGAGCGAGACCAGCAAUCACGGCGAUGUUUCCUAUCAAAUGUAAAAAUGUCUGGGUCUGGAAGAAUGCAAGUUUGUCAUGCUUGUCUGGCAUGACUCGAGAAUCUGUCAUGGACAUUACCAAAGAGCCCCACUUUUCCGUCAUGCGGAAACGUACUUUGUCAUGCAGAAUAGGCAAAACCUAGAAGCUCAGAAACUUGUCAUGCCGAGCCAGCAAUUGUGGCCUCCUCAUGAUACGCCACACAGCAUCACAAGUUUCCAGACCCAGACAUUUUUACAUUUGAUAUUUCAACUUCCACUACCAUUUCCUUUUCCAAGAGCGCCGGGAUCGGGAACGGGCUUGCAGGAAAGGCGGCGAGCUUCUGCGGGACAGGAAAGGAGGGGGAGAACAAGCUCUGCGAUAAGACCACGACAACCUGCGGGGCAGUGAUCAACGAGGAGGGCAAGACCGGCGAUCUUGCAGGCCCGGAAGUGCUGAAAGCGUCGCUCCGACAACAUCAUGCGGGCGGCACAGCUGCCAAGGACGACCAGUACAGUGAGGUCGGUUCCGACUCCGAGUUCUGGAAAGACGGCGGAGAAAAGAAAGAAAAACCCAACAACAAGGCCCCGGGCGAGCCGAGCAAUGCCGCCGAUGAGGCAGCGGCGAACACGGGCGACCGGCGCGCUGACCAGAAGAGUUCCGGCGAAGAGCAAGGAGCCGGAAGCGCAGCGGAGACAACGGCCGGCGCAACAGGCAGGAGGUUUAUCUUCGGACGGCAAAACGUGCCUGCUUCCUCCGCGGCCCAGUCUGCUGCCGUGCAGCUGCGUGCCCAAGCCGUGCCGAAGGCAAAGGCCGGACGGAAUGGCGCGCUCGGGGAAGCAGCCAAGGACGAGCCCAACAUAUUCGAUGGAAAAGCGGCUUCCGUUUCUAUUUGCUUCCGCCAAGGGAGUGGUCAUGCGCUUUCUAGAUUUAUUCUAUUUUGUAUUUUUUGCAGCUCUUCGUGCUUGCAAUGACUACUCCUUCUAGCUAUAGCGAGCCCGUGACAAGAUGAUCAAGAGGCCAUUUUGUUUUUAUGUUUUCACACAUGCCAUCAAUCAAGCGUGGCUGGUCUUAGCGGGAGUGUUGUCGUACUAUCUGCGGCAUGAGUAGAAUCACGACGCGCAUUAAGUAUCGGAAAGAAAAAAACUGCGAAGAACAUGUAAUGCUCUUCUAGACAAAGAAAUCCAUCGAAGCCGGCUUCGCAUUGGAUAAAAACAAGCCCCCAAGCUGCCAGCGGUCGCCCCGGGGAUCGGCCGCUCGGGCCUCGGCCUGGCCCAUCACGCCUACUUGUCCAAAUACUCGAACAUGGACGAGAAACCGGACCCAGGGCCGGCGAGCGGCCUUCAGCCUCCGGCCUCGACGAUGCAGGGUGGCGGGCAGCGUCAUGUGCGAGGCAAAUUGCAGACCGAGCGGGACUAUGCACGCAAACAUGUCAGGGGGUGGAAACAUGCAGACUUCUGAUCUUUGCUUGCGUUUCAGAUCACGAGAAAACCUGCCAUGCCGCCCGGGAAGCUGAAAGACCAGCGGCGCACUUCUUUUUCCCAAAGUGGGGGCAUUUGUCAUGUGGGUUCUUAGAUUGUUAUUGCGAAAUCUUCUCAACGACUGUAAUGCUUGGGCUUGGAUGCCAGACGAAACCUCGCUUCUGCACUCUUCCAGAUCUUUCUGACAUGUUUGCAUUUGAUAGGGUUGACAAGCUGGAGGAGCUACAACGGCGGGAACAGAAGCGAAUCGAGCUCCUGGAUGAGCGGUCGCAUGGCGCGAAAGUCUCCCAGCAAAUGAGAAAAAAGGUCGGCGGAAGAAACUACAGUCGGGGCGAUAUUUUAUGCGUCGUGCAAAUUUAUAUUGGUAUCGUACAAGGAAGUCCCGCGCGUAGCUAGAUAAAGUCCACUUCAUAGCCAUAGUUAAGCCCGUCGCUGCCCUGACAAAGACAUCAAGCCUCAAAGCAGUUUGCAUCGGGUGCAGAAGUACUUAUUUAAGUAGAGACCCCAUCAGACAACUUAGGCUAAGUUUAACUAUCGCAGGUCCACGUAUGAAGUGUAGCACUGCUCUUGUACGAUGUUGCCGCUUGUUUUGCUCAGGAUAAAAACUCGAAGAGAAGGACGUGCACAGAAGCCGAGACGAGAUCUCCGCCGCCGGGCGUGGUGCCGCCGCUGCGGCCGCCCUCAAGGGCAACAAGCUGAAAGAAGCCGAAAAAGCUGAAAGGCGCCGAAGCCGAUCGUCCGAGGUCCGACGACCUGGUGCACCAGUGCCGCCGAGGAACAGCAACUGCAACAGGGUGAAAGAAGCCGAGAAACCACGCCGCCAAUCCGAGGUCCGGCGACCAGUGCCCCCGCCGGUAGCAGCUGCUUCUUCUACUUCCGGCAACCAGCGAAAGACACAUAGGGAACGAAAAAAGUGUUACAGUUACGCACUAAGUUGUUGCAGAACGUGCAAGACAGACAACCUCUCUCAUGUUGAAAAGGCAUGCGAGCCUCGUUCCAUACGUGUUUUCCACACUUACGAUCUCUGCGUUGCAAGUCUUCUCUGUAAAGAAGAGCAAGUUUGUGUUGCUAAAGUUGCAACAAAUGUGUAACUGUCAAACACUUUUUUCUUCGCAUAAAACAAGCGAACGAGGAAGACCAGGUGGUGAUCGCCUUCAAGAGGGUCACGGAUCCCGAUGGAACAGUGCGGGACCUACCGAUCUACGGGCCCAAGAGCACCACGGCCCCCACGGCCAGCGGCGUGGACGUUUUGAAGAAGGAAGAGAAACAAGGCGAUACUACCGGAAGAGGGGUGAGCAAGUCCUCGCGUGGAAAGACCAGAAGAGGAACGAGCAAGUCCCGCGGAAGGCGUUUGUGCGCAAGCCGCAGACGAAACGCUACAAGCGCCGCAAGAAGCAACAGCAACCGGCGCCAGCCGCUCCGCGACCGGGCGGGGUCGAAGGGUGUGCCGACCAAGGAUUUGCUGACCAAUUUGAAGCGGCACGAGUACUAUCAAAUGUAAAAAUGUCUGGGUCUGGAAAAGUGCAACUUGUGAUGCUGCGUUUGGUUUUGGAUUCCCGAAAAAUCUGUAUUGCAUGAGUACCAAAAGGAAUGUAAUUUUUGCUACGCGGAGAGGGCGUUUGUCAUGCGGAAUAUGCAUCAAGAAGCUCUCAAAAAAUCUGUAAUGCUAUGGCAUGCAUCACAGACAUCAGGGCUCAUGCAAAACGUGCAUGACAAGUGUCAGAAUCUUCCAGACCCAGACACUUUUACAGUUGACAAGUACAGUUCCCAUGGGGCCGGCCCCUCUGCCGCAGCCGCAGGCCGCGAUGAUCAUAAAGCGACUGGUAGACGAGCGCGAUAUCCUAGGGAAAAGCGUACCCAUUCCACAUUGUUUGUCUAUGGUGUAAGUCCGCAUGCACAGACUCACAGUUUGACAGUAGCGCACGCUAUGACCAGGUGGCGAGGAUGCGUCGCUCCAUGAGACGCAGCUUUUAUGUCGUAGUGUUUUUUUUUGCCUUGUGGUUGUCCUGCUCAUGAUGGAGUUGUCAGGACAUCAGGAAAGCCAAUUUCGAAAGAAGCUCGCUGGUGCACUGGCACCUAUUUCGGACGACAUUGGAGACCCAAAGUUGUCAUGCGAAAUCACCGAAAGCCCAAGUAGCUUAGCUAUUGGCUUGCGUACAUUGCAGAUAACCCAUCUUGACUAUGGGGCGGGUACGUUGGUUUUCCCCAGCAUCAGCCAAGCAACAUCAGAGACAGCCACUGGAAGAGGUCGAGAAGCCGCCGCUCUCGCUCGGCAGUGCGGCGAUCGCAGUCGCGGGAGGCAGGCAAACGUGACCCAGCGCCGGCACGGGCAGCUGGAAAAAACCGAGGGAAGAGCGUGUGGAGAAAAGAAGACGCCUCGCCGCCACGAAAAAAGUCGAGAAGCAGGAUUCGCAGGCCGCCCAGUGUGAGGAAAAAAGGUAAGUCCUGGAAAAGUGUGCGCAAGUUGCGCUGUGAGCUUUGUUCUUCGUGAGCGAAGCAAAGAAGGCCUCGGCUUCGUAUUUAUUUUCUCGCCCCUCUGUGAUUAUCAUUGUGAAGAGGACUUAUCAAGCAAACAAAGCAGUGCGCCCACUUUUCCUUUUCAUACGAGAAGACGCGAAGGCCUCCACGCUGGAUCGGGGAAAGUCCGCGCGUCGCAAGAAUAGAUCGGCCAGGAGAAGCAGAUCGGUAAGCAGCCGCAGUGUUCAUCAGAGUAAACCUGAAUUGCGUCAGCAAGGCCUCAGCCGCCGCCCCGAGUGCAAAGCCGAGGCCCCGAGUUGGUGGCUGGGGUUGAUGGAAGGGUCGGGCCUCUUGCUUCAAGGGGUAGACGAAGCGCUGGCGGAGGGAGUAAUGGAGUUCUCAGCGGACGCAGAGGCGUGGUUGGCGAGAGCAGUCGAAGCGAAUUUGUGUCCAGACCGCCUGAACCUUAUGGAGCAGGGUGGCUACGCAACUACAUGUACAUAAGGCCCCGUCCGGCGAGGCAGAGACUAAGUUCGAAGAGCUUGCGUGUGUGUUUUUUUUCUUCUCCCCGCCCGGACGCAGUCGCAUGUGAGUGCGCGCUCCUAUUUUCCUUGCUUCAUUCCUUAUGCGUUUGCCACAUCUCCUUCUCCCUCGAGGGCCUUGGAGCUGCCUCUCGCAUGUUGCGCCUCCUGUCUACCUAUUCAAUUUUCGCCGCGCGCGCCGCGCGCCAGUGUUUGUCUUGCCGGAACGAAAAAACGCAGCAGCUCCGUCUCGUAGUCUCUAGCCUGGCGCGGGCACUGCUUUUUACAUGCAUGCGUUGCUAUCGGACUUUGGAAAAAUGCUGAUCGACCUGCUGGAAGUUCCGGACUUCUUUACAUAUCGACGAGGAGAGGCUUAGUAUUAGGAUUCUCAUGGUCAGAAAUUGCAAUUACUGACUAGGGACUUCCUUGACGGUUUGCAUGAAAGAAAAGCUGCGUGUCUGCCAACGAUAAAGCGUUACCCGACGCAGCUCCCUUGACUAUGACUUGCUUGCGCCUUUAUUCAAAGGGCAGAGCGAAGCCCAGCAAAACUGCCGGCCUCGUUUGCUUUCGACAUACUCAAUGUUAGGCAGUACUUGCAAACGAGGAUUGUCCUCGCACUUGACUAUGAGAAGAAAGACAGAGUGUUUAUUGCGUGGCAUAUCUAAAGCUCGGCCGCACGGGAAAAAAACUACGCCUCGUUCUUCGCUACCGUGCUGCUGGACCGCACAGUUCCGGCCGUCGUCGCCGCCAUCGGGCAUCUUUUUGUCCGCGCUUCAAAUAAAGAGCUCUUUUACUCCAAAUUGGAAGAAACCCUCACCGAUCGCCGCCCCAUCGGAAGGGACACGACUAUGAGCGAGUUCGUCACGAAUUUAGCUUAUCACCUGGAAAACAGGCGCGCCCGUCGGCUGCGCGGCCACUGCCGUGCGAACACGGGGCGGAUUACGUAAUAUGCUUAAGUGAAUAGCUCUGGUCCCACUUCUCCUGGACGGAGAACAUAUGAACCAACAGCCAAAAUCUAAGCCGUGCCUUGCCUAUGCUCAUUCUCUACCGAUUUUGGGAGUGGAUCAAGACACCCGGGGGCGCGUCUGCUUUCAAUUGCAUACACUGAUCACUGACAACUAUGCGACAAUGGCGCUGCCAAAGUAUCGAGAGGGGGAGACCAUGGCGGCUAUGCACUGCAGCUUGGGGGUGGCGGCGUCAAAGAUUGCAGCGGUCUGCAGCAUUCAAAGUGAGUGUUGAGCAAAUAUGAUCAACAGUGCGCAGCAGAGUGCUUUCAUUCAUGUGUGCGGCCUGCUGGCAGGCUCUAGCUCUAGCAUAGCCACGACAUUACACACGACGAGAACUACGCGGUAGCGCGCGUGGCGCCGUAAUUCAUUGCAGGCCCGUAGUGAAACGAAUUGUGGCAACGUAUGUAAGUACUUAGGAGUAUAUAGACAGAUGAGAGACCUGUCAUUCGUAUCACCGCGGUAAGCAGAGCAAAAGAUAGAGAACGUGAAAGACAAAGAAGAGCUACAUCUUCACCUUCAGCGAACUCCACCUUCUGUUGCAGGUCAUAACAGCCGAUCUCAUCAACUACAUUAUCUCUGGCGCUGCGUGGUAUUUCAGUGUCUUAACUGACUCCUUCUUAUUUUUGCAUCAUGAUCAUGAGAAAAUAAAAAUAUGUUUGGGUCUGCGUCUCAAUGAGCGCAAAACGAAGAGCGCCGGAACUCAGCGUCAUCAACAUUCUUGUAUGAAGUACCAAAACACUAAACACAGGGAGCAACAGAAACGAACUGAGAGGCUUGGGCUUUAUCAAAGAUAAAACAUUUCUGGGCAGCGGAGCAAGGUGGAUGAAGGUGCAAUAUUCAAGCCUACCAAAAUUGAUUGGGGAGAAUAAGUAGGCUCAUCUAGAGAGCCGCUGCGCCGUUGUGGCAACGCUGGGCCAUCCGACUUACUAGGACAUCAAAAAACUCUAGCACGAAGAAUAGGAGGCGCCAACCGUAGCGGCGCCUGUUGUGACGGCUCCUGCUCCUGCGCACGAAAUAGAAGAACUGCGCUCGGGGCGGCGUCGAGCCUUACUGAAGUAGGCGCAUGUAAUUCCUAGGGCAUGAAUGUAACCGGCCGACGUGCUAGUUAAACUGAGCCUGAAGGUGUAGCAAAUCUCCGCCCGGUUGGAGCUUCUGACUGACAUGUGAUAACUCCGUUGCCCAGAGGUUUUUUUCGCAUAGGCUGGGGCACGGCGAAAAGGUGACAUGCUUCCACCCGAAUCCAGGCGGCCUUGGCUGGGGCUGGACUCUUGGGGUCGUCGCGGAUCCGACGUAUGGAAACGAAAAAACCUAGCCACAGUCCCUAUUCAUGUGCUGCUUGUGAUUUUGCAUCAUAACAAGUCGUCCACCUUCUAGCGUCGCAGCUUGCAUUAGAGGCACGUGAAACACGCCGAGCAAGCCCACGCGCCAGGAGUGUCAUACUCACUAUGAUGGAUGCAUUGGAACGCACAGCAAACCAUUCCUGUCGUGCGCAGAUGCCGAUCCUCACUAGCCGCAAAGAACUUACGCUAGUUUUUUCGUUUGAUAUAGUGCGGGUGACUUUUUGCGACGGCAGCAUGACGAAGCUCCUUUUGUCAAACGGAGGGGACGGCCCUGGUGCUUGCCAAUUUGUGAGGAAGCACGCAGCGCUAAUCUGUAAGCAGGGUAAGGCAUCCUGAAGAAAAAAUGUAUACAGCUACAUACUUCAUGAUAAGUCAUCAAAGGAAUUUCUUUCUCACGUUUCUACGACAAGCGUCUUCGUACAUCGUCAAACAGAAACACAAACUUCGAGCAAUGCUUCCUCCAAAAGGCGACAUUUUUUUUCUGCGAAAGCAUUUACCCCACGACGGCGACGUUCUUCUGAUGAGCCGGAGGGAAAGAGUUUUUGAAAAGCAGACAUCUUUCAUGAAGAAAGUUUUCAAAUGAGCAUUGCGGCACGUCGUACGAAACGAUGGAACACUUGACAGCGCCACUCUGCAACGAACACUUCGAAGCUAAAGCUGUAUCGCCUUGGUAAGUUGACGACG